AUGUUGCACCGCCUCACACCUUCACUCAACACCGUGGCUUCUGGACCCCACGCAAACGGGUCAUAUUAUGCUCCCAGGGUGAAGGAGAAUGGAAGAACGGAAACAAGGCCAGUAGGAUCUCUAGCCUCAACUCUUCUAAUUGCGGGACCAAUAGAUCUUACGCAGUUACACCACAUACAUUCAUUGCCCAUACUUGAUGACUGCAAAGGAAAGAGUCAUAUCCUUGCGCUGAAUAAUGACCUGGGGUCGGUAGGAAAAAGAAAACAAAAACUCUUCCAGAUGAUAGGGGCCAUUCGAGUCGAGGAUCCCCAAGGCUUGGCUCAGACACGCCCCAGCAGGAAUGUUUUCUUGAAUUUCGUCCGAUUUUUUCAUAAAUCCGUUUUUUUGCAACAGCACAGCAACAAAUUAUUCCGCUCCACCGAUUGCAGCGUCUCUCCACUCGUGGCCUCUCGACGUUCAGGAUGCAUUGAGCUUUGUCUCUGCAACUCCGUUUUGAACGAUCGAUAG